GCAGUUUCCAAACAGUCCCGGAUGUUAGAACCAGAACAAACCUAAAAUCCACACAUAACCAAAUCUAUUUUGAGUGAACAUUUUGAACGAAAGUAUACGAUUUUCAUAAAUAGUUUUCCAUGCCAUUUUCGAUAUGAUACAAUCAGAAACUGACGUUGAAGCGGGUGGUAACCAAAGACGACCAUUUCAGGAUCCACAAGCUUCACAAAAAAUUUAUAAAUUCACUGCUGAAGAAUUAAAAGUUAUUAAAGAAUGCAACAGAGAUAGCUUUUACCAAAGAUGUUUACCACUAAGUGCAGUUUUAGCUGGAUCAGCUUAUUAUGGGGUUAAAACGGGCUUCCUCAAAGCCAAUCAAAGAUUUGGAGCCGUACCCAAAGUUAUAGCUAGUGUGUUUGUUGGCUAUUUCAUUGGCAAAUUUUCCUAUCAGUCAAAAUGUGCUGAAAGACUGAUGCAGCUCCCAAACAGUCAACUGGGAGAAAUAUUAAGACAGAAGCGAAGAGGUAACUUGAAAGAGACUGUUGAUCCAGGUUUUGGUCCUGGAAUGUCGCUGGCACCUUUCAGUGGUAUGGGAUCUGCUGAUACAUACACUGAUUUGAAUCCCAAUAAUAGUCUAGAUCUUGAUACUGAUAGACCAGAAAUUCCUGGUCUUGAUGACUAUAAUAGACCAUCUAUUGACAAUCCUAUAUAUGAAGAAGAAAUGCCACCAAUACAAAAACAUACAACCACAUAUGAUGAGUUGAGGAAGCAGAAUCGAGAAGAAUAUCAAAACAAGAGGGUUGGAAAUUAUAGGCAGCCUGUUAUGAAAUUACCAUCUACAAAUAAUAAGGAUCUGCAAGAUUUGGAGGAAAAUGAGUUUUCUGUGCCCAAGAAUAAGUAUGGUGAUAUGUGAGGUUAAUUCUUGGCAUUAAUAUUCAAAAGAUUGCUUCGUAGAUUUGAUCAUGAAGAUUUUAUAAGAAACUUUACUCCUCAAGCUUAAACUGUAAUAUACUAUAGUUAUUAGUCGCAAAUGCUAUGUACUUCACACAAAUUACCUAUAAAGAACCAGUGUCCUUAGGA